CAGGCCCGCAGUAGCUCAGAAGGCCGGCUGUAGAGCUGGGUGGCGGCGGCGGCCGUAGGCAUGGCGGUGGCUGUGGCCCUGGCGGGAGCCGUCACCACCACAGACCUAGGCCCCGCGGAAGAACUCGCCAAACUCGAGUAUCUGUCUUUAGUGUCGAAAGUUUGCACCGAGCUGGACAAUCACCUGGGGAUCAACGACAAGGAUCUGGCUGAAUUUGUGAUCAGUCUUGCUGAGAAAAAUACCACCUUUGACACUUUUAAGGCUUCUCUGGUCAAAAAUGGUGCCGAAUUCACGGAUUCUCUUAUUAGUAACUUGCUGCGCCUCAUACAAACUAUGCGGCCUCCAGCAAAGCCUUCUACUAGCAAAGAUCCAGUUGUUAAACCCAAAACUGGAAAAGAAAAGCUGAAGGAACUCUUCCCAGUCCUUUGCCAGCCAGACAACCCUUCUGUCCGGACCAUGCUGGAUGAGGAUGAUGUGAAAGUCGCUGUGGAUGUCCUGAAGGAACUGGAGGCCUUGAUGCCCAGUGCAGCGGGCCAGGAGAAGCAGAGAGAUGCUGAACACCGGGACAAGACGAAGAAGAAGAAGCGGAGCCGGAGCCGCGACCGGGACCGAGAACGUGACCGAGAGCGGGACCGAGACCGAGACCGAGACCGUGAUAGAGACCACAAGAGGAGACACCGGUCCCGCUCCCGGUCACGUUCCAGGACCCGGGAGAGGAAUAAAGGGAAGUCUAGGUAUCGGUCAAGGAGCAGAAGUCAGAGUCCCCCCAAAGACAGGAAGGACCGGGACAAGUAUGGGGAGAGGAAUCUGGACAGAUGGCGGGAUAAGCAUGUGGACCGCCCUCCUCCAGAAGAGCCUGCCAUCGGAGACAUUUACAAUGGCAAAGUUACCAGCAUCAUGCAGUUUGGAUGCUUUGUGCAGCUGGAGGGAUUAAGGAAGCGGUGGGAAGGCCUGGUGCACAUCUCUGAGCUCCGUCGAGAAGGCCGUGUGGCCAAUGUGGCUGAUGUGGUGAGCAAAGGCCAGAGGGUGAAGGUCAAAGUUCUGUCCUUCACUGGGACCAAGACCAGUCUGAGCAUGAAGGAUGUGGAUCAAGAGACUGGAGAAGAUCUAAACCCCAAUCGACGACGAAAUCUUGUUGGGGAGACCAAUGAGGAGACCUCCAUGAGGAAUCCGGACAGACCUACUCACCUCUCCCUCGUCAGUGCCCCUGAAGUAGAGGAUGAUUCACUGGAGCGCAAGCGCCUUACCCGCAUCUCUGACCCGGAGAAGUGGGAGAUCAAACAGAUGAUUGCUGCCAAUGUCCUUUCCAAAGAAGAGUUUCCGGACUUUGAUGAAGAGACUGGCAUUCUCCCUAAAGUGGAUGAUGAAGAAGAUGAAGAUCUUGAGAUCGAACUGGUUGAGGAAGAGCCUCCAUUCCUGAGAGGGCACACCAAGCAAAGCAUGGACAUGAGCCCUAUUAAAAUUGUUAAGAACCCGGAUGGUUCCCUCUCCCAAGCAGCAAUGAUGCAGAGUGCCUUAGCCAAAGAAAGGCGGGAACUCAAGCAGGCCCAGCGGGAAGCAGAGAUGGAUUCUAUUCCCAUGGGGCUCAACAAACACUGGGUUGAUCCUCUGCCUGAUGCGGAAGGCAGGCAGAUUGCUGCCAAUAUGAGGGGUAUUGGGAUGAUGCCCAAUGACAUUCCUGAGUGGAAGAAGCAUGCCUUUGGGGGCAACAAAGCUUCUUACGGGAAAAAGACCCAGAUGUCAAUCAUUGAGCAGAGAGAGAGCCUGCCCAUCUACAAACUGAAGGAGCAGCUGGUCCAGGCUGUCCAUGACAAUCAAAUCCUGAUUGUUAUUGGAGAGACAGGAUCUGGGAAGACAACGCAGAUCACCCAGUACCUGGCGGAGGCAGGCUACACGUCCCGGGGCAAGAUUGGAUGUACCCAGCCCAGAAGAGUAGCAGCCAUGUCCGUGGCCAAAAGAGUGUCAGAGGAGUUUGGUUGUUGCUUGGGCCAAGAGGUGGGCUACACCAUUCGAUUUGAGGACUGCACCAGCCCAGAGACCGUGAUCAAGUACAUGACAGACGGGAUGCUGCUUCGGGAGUGCCUGAUUGACCCUGACCUCACGCAGUAUGCAAUCAUCAUGUUGGACGAGGCGCACGAGAGAACCAUACACACUGACGUGCUCUUCGGAUUGUUGAAGAAGACGGUUCAGAAACGGCAGGACAUGAAGCUGAUUGUCACCUCAGCCACACUGGAUGCAGUGAAGUUUUCUCAGUACUUCUAUGAAGCGCCCAUCUUCACCAUCCCAGGUCGAACAUACCCAGUGGAAAUACUGUACACAAAGGAACCUGAGACAGAUUAUCUGGACGCCAGCUUGAUCACGGUCAUGCAGAUCCACUUAACAGAACCACCAGGUGAUAUCCUGGUCUUCCUGACUGGUCAGGAGGAGAUCGAUACCGCUUGCGAGAUCCUCUAUGAAAGAAUGAAAUCCCUGGGACCGGAUGUUCCAGAGCUGAUCAUCCUGCCAGUGUACUCUGCUCUUCCCAGUGAGAUGCAGACCCGAAUCUUUGACCCGGCUCCACCUGGCAGCAGAAAGGUCGUGAUUGCCACCAACAUUGCAGAGACCUCACUGACUAUUGAUGGCAUCUACUAUGUGGUGGACCCUGGGUUUGUGAAGCAGAAAGUUUACAAUUCCAAGACCGGCAUCGACCAGCUCGUGGUCACUCCGAUUUCUCAGGCUCAGGCAAAGCAGCGAGCCGGCAGAGCCGGGAGAACGGGCCCAGGGAAGUGUUACAGGCUGUACACUGAACGUGCCUACCGAGAUGAAAUGCUGACCACCAACGUGCCGGAAAUCCAGAGGACCAACCUAGCAAGCACAGUGCUCUCGCUCAAGGCCAUGGGCAUCAAUGACCUGCUGUCCUUUGACUUCAUGGAUGCGCCUCCAAUGGAAACCUUGAUCACAGCCAUGGAGCAGCUGUACACCCUGGGGGCCUUGGAUGACGAGGGCCUGCUCACUCGCCUGGGCCGCAGGAUGGCAGAAUUCCCUCUGGAGCCGAUGCUGUGCAAAAUGCUGAUCAUGUCCGUGCAUCUGGGCUGCAGCGAGGAGAUGCUGACCAUCGUGUCCAUGCUGUCGGUGCAGAACGUCUUCUACAGGCCCAAGGAUAAACAAGCCCUCGCAGACCAGAAGAAAGCCAAGUUCCACCAGACCGAAGGGGACCACCUCACCCUGCUGGCCGUGUACAACUCCUGGAAGAACAACAAGUUCUCCAACCCGUGGUGCUAUGAGAACUUCAUCCAGGCUCGCUCUCUGCGCCGGGCCCAGGAUAUUCGCAAGCAGAUGUUAGGCAUAAUGGACAGACACAAGCUGGAUGUGGUCUCCUGUGGCAAGUCCACGGUGCGAGUGCAGAAGGCCAUCUGCAGUGGAUUCUUCCGGAACGCUGCCAAGAAAGACCCGCAGGAGGGCUACCGGACGCUGAUCGACCAGCAGGUGGUCUACAUCCACCCUUCCAGCGCUCUCUUCAACAGACAGCCCGAAUGGGUGGUGUACCACGAGCUGGUGCUGACCACGAAAGAGUACAUGCGUGAGGUCACCACCAUCGACCCCAGGUGGCUUGUGGAGUUUGCUCCAGCCUUCUUCAAGGUCUCCGACCCGACCAAGCUGAGCAAGCAGAAGAAGCAGCAGCGUCUCGAACCCUUGUACAAUCGCUACGAGGAGCCCAACGCUUGGAGAAUAUCCCGGGCCUUCCGCCGGCGCUGAGAGGCGAGACUUCUCUGUCUCUCCUGCAGCGGUGGCCCAGGGCUUGGACUCACUCUUACGGAGGAAAAGCUGGUCCUGAGGAUACAGCUGUCCAGUGACUUAUCUUCCCUGGGCCUUUUCUAAACUUGACUCUUACUUCUUCCCUGGUGGUAAAAUAGAAACAGAUUUCUGCCUGGUUCGACCAGAGCCUCCAGCCCCUACACCUCAAGGCACUGUGGCCAGUGGGGGCUCACGGCCGGCGUGGGAGUACAGGGCAUCAUCUCCACGAAAUGGGCAACUCCUGUCGCCCUAGGAGGGAAGGGGAGUCUCGGGCAUCUGACCCCCAGGCUCAGUGAGGGCCUGACGCCCUAGCUGGGACUCCGGAGGAGGGAGCCACGAAACUCACUGCCAGUGUUGGCCCACUUCCCGCCCCUGUCCAGCCCCUGUCCUGCUUAACCUCCUAGAAAUAUUUAUUUUCUUAAGGAAACAUAAAUGGUUUUCUGUGGCUGUCUCUUCUAGCUGGAAGGUUAGCAUAUUGGCCUGGGCUCAGGGUGGGAGAUGGGUGGCUUUGGUGCACGUGAUGGAAAGUCCCCUGUAACCAGAGCUCUGGGCCUCUUGGGGCUCAGAGGUGACGCAUCACCCAGGCCUGCAGUCCUCUCUCUUGACGCCCGCGCAAGCCCGGCUCUGCCACACGGCCCCGUGAUGAACCGCAUCCACUGCCCUGGUCUGGGCGCCUCAUGGUCCGAUGCAGCACGCUGAAUACGGAAAGCUCUCCCGGGCUACCUCCUCUGCACGCCACCCAGGGGGCGGCGUGUCCUUUCUCCUUUUGAAACAUGCAGGCGAUGUCACAGCUUUUAUUUUUCCCCCCCCUGGGGUCCUCGAUGGGCUUUAACAAAGGGUUUUUCUGGUCAAAGCCUCUCGUCCCCCACCACAAACAAAACCCAUAGAACCCCUCUCAGAGCCAGUUUGUACCGCUCUUGCUGAGUGGGUUUCUCGUAGCAUUUGGCUGGGGAAUGGCCGCCUCCCAGUGCCCCUCUCGCGGUGCCUGAGGAAGCUCUCGACUGGGAAGAAGAUCAGACAGAUGCUGCCAGGCCAGGCGGUGGGGCUUCUGGAAAGCGGGUCUAGGUGUGGAGCUGGUAGAGAAGCCCCUGGGGGACUGGGCACAUGGGAUAUUAUGGCCUGCACUGCCUCCCCCAUCCCUAUUCUCGUAAGUUCUGAAAUGAUGUAAAUACAACAACUACUGAGUUGUACACCAGAUGCUGAGACUCUAGGAUGUAAAAGAAUAUAGGCUGUCUUUGGGCAGCAAACUGACCACCCUAAAGACAGUUCGGAGAGGAUGCAGCAGAAAAGAGGCCAGGGCGUCUGCUGAUGGAAGUCCCUGCCCUGUCCUUGAGCUGAUUCUGUUCGAGUGCUGCUCAGGAAGCCCAGGCCAGUAAUUAUGGGCAGGGGGUCUUUGUGUGUUCACCUUUAAGGCCUUACAGGGAGAGACAGGCAGGGGCCUGCAAGAGGAAACCAAACGUGAAGCAGGGGCUGGGCACCCAGCUCCCCAGUCUCCAGCUCAGGAACAGACUCCAGGCUUGGCAGCCGCCUGCCCCACUGAGUGACCAGGCCUGGGAGGCAUGGGCACCUAGGAGAUCUUAAGGCACCUAGGAGGUCUCCAGGCCUGGGAGGCAUGGGGCGGGGUGGGGAGGUUUGGGAUUUCGGCUGAGGUUGGGAAGGACAUGUUUGUUUAACAGGCCAAAGUGAGAGACAGCAGAGCUAGUCAUCUUUUGUGGGUUACGUGAGCGAAAAGGACCCUAGCUCGGUGGGUGUUCCUUGAACAUCUACCCCAAGAGCUGGGGUCACUUCUCUGCUCUGUCAAUAUGGCUAGGGGUCUGACCUUCAGACUGUCCGUCAGGAAACAGCAUGGAGGCAGCAUUGUUGAGCCUGCUCAGAGGGAGAAAGGAGCCAGAUUGGGAAGGAGACUUGUCUGCUGCUCCCACACAAUGGGGCCCUUGUUUCUCUUCCUUGAAACAAUAUUUCCCAGAGAUUGAGUGACAGCCCAGGAGAGGAUGUGGGUCUCCUGCAGGGAGCUGGAAUCUUCUAGGCCAUUCACCCCACCCCUGCAGGAGCCUAGCUCCGGAGUUUCCUGUCCCUGCGCAUGUGCUAAGUGUGCUUGUGUAUGUGUGGGGGGGAUCAUCCCGGUGCUGCUCGUGUAAACUGCUCCUUGGUCCAGGGUUCACCUUCAUCCAGUCCGGAGCUUGACUGCCUCCUCUGAGUACUGGCCCUCCAAGGUUAAGGAUUUGAACAAAGAGCUGUGAGUAGUAGUGUGUUAAUAAACACUUCAGAGGGUAGAGGUCACAGGUCUCAGGUGGUGAAUACCAUUUCUCAUCCAAAUCUCUAUCACUCCUUUACACAUACUCAGGACCUCAGGGUUUCUACGGACUUCUACAGCUUCCCACCGAGAUAGUCUGGCUUUAACGUGGAAUGAAAUUAUGUAUUUUUAAAAAACAUGUAUAUUUUUUAAAACUUGUA